UGAGAUUUUGGUGGCAGGGAGGUAGUACUGGCAUCCUCCUUACCAAAGACUGUCCUAUAGUUUGUCAACUUUAUCGCUUAUACGUGCAGAAAUUCGAUUUUAGGAUGCUCCAUUAGCAUCUUCAUUGCAUUUUCCAUCAAUUACUUGGUUUGUAUGGUCUUCAUUUGCCGUGUUGCUGAUCCUCAAUUUGAGAAGCCUCUUUCGGGCGGCAAUGUUUAUAUCUCCUACUUGAUCCUUACAAAGACAGAAUUGCAUACUGGGCAGGAAAAUGAGUUACAUGCUCGCCGGCGGUUUCGCGACUUUACCUUGCUGCACGAGCUUUUGCGUCGCGAAUAUCCAUUGCAUUUCAUUCCUCCAAUUCCACGAAAACACGGUGUAAAACAGAUUACUGGUGAUGCUUUCUCACCGGAUUUCAUUCCGCGCCGACUAAGUUCUCUCCAACGUUUCCUUGACAGAUGCUUGGAACAUCCUGUUUUAAAAAGCAGUCUUCAUUUAUAUCAAUUUCUUGAAGUCAGUGACUGGCAACACUACUAUGAAAAUGCAUGCCUGCAAAUCAACAACAAUGCCGAGUCAGGUUUUCGAACACCCAGCAUUACUGGCAACAAUAAUGGCAGUGGGAUAUUCCAUCUUGUUUCAUCCCGGAAAGCGGUGUCACUACCUCCAAUGCUUUUACGUGAACGCGAGCUUUGUAAGAGUAUGGAGAACGAUUUAAGGCAGUGUGAGCACUUAGCGACUCAGUACUUAUCUCGUCUACAGGUUACGACUCAACAGGACUGGACAAUGCCAGACAAAUACACACCAUCAUUACUCGCAGAUGUGCAAAAACUACUUGCCUCUCUUCAACAACCAAACAUGAUUCUGUGCAAAGAUUGGAAACAAAAAUCCUUAACAACUAUACAAGACAUAAUUGAUUGCUUUGAUGUUCUAAAACCGAUGCUCGCCUUGCGAGAGCAAAAACAAACGCACAUUGAACGACUGCAACGACAACACGCUCAUCAUGACACUUCGGGUGCCAAUGGAAAUGCAUUAACCAAAAAUAAAGAAGCCAGUGGUACCUUUCGUUGGACUGGUUGGGUUACUCGGAAAUCAAACACGGUAAAAGGUGAAGAGGCUGCAAUUCAUGAGGAAAACAUUGACAACCUACUUCAGAAUCUUGCGAAUUAUGAUUCCCUUUUGCUUCAAGAAAUAUCGUUUGUUCACGCCCGUCUUUCCCGAGAACUUUGUCAAAUGCUACAUGAUAUAUGUUCAAUGCAUAUUCGUUUCUAUAAGAGUUUCUUGAAACGGCUAAAUCGCCGUUGACUACGUUAAUCGUACUUUUAAUUUCAUGAAUCUUCCUCAGAACUAUUUACCUUUGUGGUUCUAACUCUGGAAAUGGCUUAUUAACAUUACUUCAUUCAUUCUCAUCCAGCCUUUUAUGCUCCGUUUUUUUUUUAAUUUCUACCUUUUACUAAAGUUAAUCUUUUUAUUUAUUUCAUGUUGUUAUUUACAUUCAUCUACAUUUCUUAAUAUACUAUUUUAUCUUGUCUUGGCAUGGCAUGUAUUACUUCGUUAUCAAGGCUUGCUAAAAAAGGGAGUUACUGAUUGGAACAUGUAAUGAUAACGGCUC